UUAUACUGGAUUCCCUUAUACUCAUGGAAGAAGGGAAACACGAAGGAAAAAAUGAAUCAACUACAACCGCCCAGCAGAUCAGCAAUCAAACUUGCAAUGACAGUAACCCAGCCCUUACGCAAUUUCCGUUUCCAUGAUCAUUGGGGUCAUGUUAUCCGAAAAGCGUCAAGCAAUUGGAACAGUCAGAAAGUGGUGUCCGGUACAGGCCGAUGGGAAGUGAGUACUCAGUACACUUGCAGACUAGCUCGGUUGUUAUGCAUCAAACAAUCCCACGAGCGACUUGAUCCGCUGUGCCCUUGACGAUGAUGAGCCCUUGGCCAUCCACUCCACUAGCCUAGCUGGGGGUUACCGUGAAACAAGGCCUGCGAAUAAUGGAAGGGGAAAUAAAAAAACAUAAAAAGCUCCUCCACCCCCUCCGCAUCCCCAAUUUCACACCUUUUGCUCAACACCACUUCCACUUGCACCCAUUGCCUCCCUCCUUCUAUACUGCCAUUGCGUGCUGUUGUGCUGUGCCCUGCCCCGCCGUUCUGAACGACCUCGCUGCAAUCAAACAGCUGUUUUGUUGACCCUGAAUUGUGAGUUUACGCUGUGAUGCUUUCCCUCCUUUUUUCGCUCGCCCUCCCAUGCCUCGAUACCUAUGACCCCGCCGAUGCGAUCGUUAUCGCUCCCGCGGCCAGCAAAUAGCGACCGACCAGCAUCUUGUAACCUCCACGCACGACACGACCUCAAAGAGAGAUGACGGGUCGAUUUGUGCAUUUCCUGGCAUCUCCGUUUUCAUCAAGCAGAAACGGAAGCAAUUUUGGGGAUUUUCGCAGCCGAAUCCCGGUGCUAGAGGAGACGAUGUUGUCACCAUGGCUUCGUUCCGGGGUUCAUCCAAGGGUGAAAGCUUGCAAGCGCACCCGCAGGCUCGCCCUCUCACACGCUCGCCUGCUCGCCUGCUCCUACCAACCCCUCCUCCCUCCUCUCUCCCCCUCCCGAAUUCGCCUGCCCACGGACCAAUAAAACGCCUCCCAAAGGGCCCUUCAUACUUCACCCACAUUCAGUCAACUAGACUUUUUUUCAACUUUUUCUUUGAUCAUUUGCUGACCACAAUCACCUAUCAAGACUCAACCCUCGCCUCAACGCUGCUGCGAUCAAUCAAAAAUCAAUACCUCUCUUUUGCGGACGGUACCCGACUACUCUGCACGAAACACCCUCCUUCAUACCUUCACGCGAAGUAUCCGUUUCUGAAAUCGCCGCCACUUUGCCUGCUAUGGCAAAAGUCGACGAUUUCAACGAUAGACAAGAUCAAAUCGACGCCGAGAAUGAACCCUACCAUCAGUAUGAAUAUCAGACAGAGGAGAACGAGUCAUGGGCUGGUGCCCUUCCCGUGAAGCAGUAAGUGAUCUCUGCCUCAUGCCAUGGAACCCUGUGUCCAAUGGAGCAGCGCUGACCCGAAUCUUUAGAGGUCUUUACGAUCCGGGCUUGGAAAAGGAUGCUUGCGGUGUCGGAUUUGCAUGGUAUUUCAAUUCACUGGUGAACCUCUGCAAGGGUUGAGAGAACUAACUUGUAUUUGUAGCAACAUCAAGGGCAAACCUAGCCACAAGAUUGUUAGCGAUGGUAUGGUCCUUUCUGGUUGUAGCUGGAAGCAAAACGCUAACACUGGUUGUCCACAGCUCGAAACCUUCUUUGUAAUAUGACUCAUCGUGGUGCGGUGGGAUCAGAUGCACGAGACGGAGACGGAGCGGGUGUUAUGACCUCUAUUCCACACAAGUUUUUCAUCAAGAAUUUCGAGCGGGAAGAGGAUAUAAAGUUGCCUCCAUUGGGUCAAUAUGCGGUGGGAAAUCUGUUUUUCAAACCCGAUGAGGAGACGUUGCAAGAAUCAAAGAGACAAUUGGAAGAGAUCUCGGAGUCGUUGGGUUUGCGGGUAUUGGGAUGGCGAGAGCCUCCUAAAGAUUCUACUCUUCUUGGUCCUGCUGCUGCCUCUCGUGAGCCUAUUAUCCUGCAGCCAUUCGUUGUGCUAGCAUCUUCGUAUGGCCCUGGCAAGUCGCCAGAAACCACCGAUCCAGAUCAUUUUGAUUUCAAACAUUUCGAGAGGCAACUCUACGUAUUGCGAAAGCGUGCGACCCAUACCAUCGGACUCCACAACUGGUUCUACCUAUGCUCUCUGUCUAACAAGAAUAUUGUUUACAAAGGUCAAUUGGCCCCCAUCCAGGUCUAUCAGUACUAUUAUGAUCUGGUAAAUGCCGAUUACGAGGCCCAUUUUGCUCUUGUCCACUCCCGAUUCUCAACUAACACUUUCCCUUCUUGGGAUCGUGCUCAGCCUCUGCGCUGGGCAGCUCACAAUGGUACGGAACCUCGUAAAUUCUUAUGCGUGUUCAUGCACUAACACCGUAAUUAGGUGAAAUCAACACGCUUCGAGGUAACAAGAACUGGAUGCGCGCGCGUGAAGGUGUCAUGCAGUCUGACAUAUUUGGUGAUGACAUGGAAUCCCUCUACCCAAUCGUCGAAGAUGGUGGCUCUGACUCGGCUGCUUUCGACAAUGUACUCGAAUUAUUGACCAUUAAUGGAGUUUUGUCACUUCCUGAGGCCGUGAUGCUCAUGGUCCCAGAAGCAUGGCAAGACAACUCGGCUAUGGAUCCUAAAAAAGCUGCAUUCUACGAGUGGGCUGCUUGCAAUAUGGAGCCCUGGGAUGGACCUGCUCUCUUCACAUUCGCCGAUGGAAGAUACUGCGGUGCGAAUCUCGACAGAAAUGGUCUUCGUCCUUGUAGAUACUAUGUAAUGGAUGAUGACAGGAUCAUUUGCGCAUCUGAGGUCGGAACUAUUUCCGUUGACCCCGAGCGAGUUAUUCUCAAAGGGCGCCUGCAGCCCGGGAAAAUGCUUCUCGUCGAUACUCUAGCAGGUCGAAUCAUUGAUGACGCUGAGCUCAAAAGUACCGUAUCCAACCGUCACGAUUUCAGAUCCUGGAUUGAAAAGGAAUUGAUAAGCCUUCCCAAAGUCCACGAAAAACUUAUCAGCCGAGGCACUGUUGAUCUUUCAGCAAAGCCUGAUUCCGCCGCAAUCCAGGAAGACGCCAUGCUAAGAGCUUUCGGGUACUCAUUUGAGCAAGUUAGUUUGCUACUUGCACCCAUGGCUUCCGACGAGAAAGAGGCUCUCGGAUCGAUGGGAAAUGAUUCACCACUAGCAUGUUUGGCACAAGCUCCUCGAUUGCUUUACGAGUAUUUCCGACAGCUCUUUGCUCAGGUCACAAAUCCCCCAAUUGACCCUAUCAGAGAAGCUAUUGUCAUGUCGUUGGAUUGCUACGUUGGACCCCAAGGCAAUUUGCUGGAGAUGGAUGCUUCUCAGUGUAGCCGAUUACAUCUCCCAACUCCCGUUCUAUCCAUUCCGGAGCUCAAUGCCUUGAAGAAUAUCAAUCAGCUCCAUUCAUCAUGGACCGUCAAGGUCAUUGAUCUGACAUUUCCAAAAUCUCAAGGGGUUCAUGGUUAUAUCAACCAUCUAGACAGCAUUUGCGACCAAGCUACGGCUGCCAUCGAAAACAAGGACCGAAUCAUUAUUCUUUCUGACCGAGCCACAUCGGCCGAUCGUGUUCCUGUCUCUGCGCUUCUUGCGUCUGGUAUGGUCCAUCACCAUCUCGUCAACAACAAGUGGCGAUCUCAUGCAGCUCUGGUCGUUGAGACCGCUGAAGCACGUGAAGUCCACCAUAUGUGUGUUUUGGUGGGCUACGGUGCGGAUGCUGUCAAUCCUUAUCUCGCUAUGGAAUGUAUCUUAAAGCUGAACCGGGAAGGUUUGAUUCGAAAGAAACUCACUGAUGAGACUCUCAUCCGCAACUAUAAAUACUCCGCCGAUGGAGGCAUUCUCAAGGUUAUGAGUAAGAUGGGAAUUUCUACCCUGGCCAGUUACAAAGGUGCUCAGAUUUUCGAAGCACUUGGUGUUGAUGACACCGUAGUUGACCGCUGUUUCAAGGGAACUGCAACCAGAAUUAAGGGUAUCACUUUCGAGCAAAUUGCCGAGGAUGCGUUCCGAUUCCACGAGAAGGGUUUCCCAUCCCGAUAUACCGUCAGCGUUCCGGGUCUGGUUGAAUCUGGCGAGUACCACUGGCGUGAUGGUGGAGAACCACACAUUAAUGACCCCACCUCAAUUGCCAAUAUUCAAGAUGCCGUACGAACCAAGAACGAUAAGUCUUAUGAAGCAUACUCACUCUCCGAGUAUGAACAAAUCAAGGCAUGUACCCUCCGUGGUCUGCUUGACUUCAAGUUCGAAGAAGCAAAUCCAGUACCAAUUGACCAGGUUGAGCCUUGGACAGAAAUUGUACGAAGAUUCUGUACUGGAGCUAUGUCUUACGGUUCCAUCUCGAUGGAAUCCCACUCCACCAUUGCCAUCGCCAUGAACCGCCUCGGUGGAAAGUCCAACACAGGUGAAGGUGGUGAGGAUCCAGAGCGUUCCGAGAGGAUGGCAAAUGGAGAUACCAUGCGUUCUGCUAUCAAACAAAUUGCUUCAGGUCGAUUUGGUGUUACCUCAAACUACCUUGCUGAUUCCGAUGAGUUGCAAAUCAAGAUGGCUCAAGGUGCCAAACCCGGAGAGGGUGGAGAGCUUCCGGGACACAAAGUCUCAAAGUCCAUUGCCCGAACUCGUCACUCUACUCCUGGUGUCGGUCUUAUCUCACCUCCACCCCACCACGACAUUUAUUCCAUUGAGGAUCUGAAGCAGUUGAUCUAUGAUCUCAAGUGUUCUAACCCACGUGCCAGAGUAUCUGUCAAGCUUGUCUCGGAGACUGGUGUUGGUAUCGUUGCUUCUGGAGUGGCCAAGGCAAAGGCCGAUCACAUCUUGAUCUCUGGUCACGAUGGUGGAACCGGUGCUUCUCGAUGGACUGGCAUUAAGUAUGCUGGUCUUCCUUGGGAACUUGGUCUUGCUGAAACCCACCAAACUUUGGUUCUGAAUGAUCUUCGAGGACGUGUUGUUGUGCAGACUGAUGGUCAACUUCGUACUGGUAGAGACGUUGCAAUUGCUUGUCUGCUUGGUGCUGAAGAAUGGGGCUUCGCCACUACCCCUCUCAUUGCCAUGGGCUGUAUCCUUAUGCGCAAGUGUCACUUAAAUACGUGCCCUGUUGGUAUCGCCACUCAAGAUCCUGAGCUACGAAAGAAGUUUCAGGGAACACCUGAGCAUGUCAUCAACUUCUUCUAUUAUAUUGCCAAUGAACUCAGAGCAAUCAUGGCACAACUCGGAUUCCGAACUAUCAAUGAGAUGGUGGGCCAUGCCGAGUGUUUACGAGUCCGUGAAGACUUGCGUACCCCAAAGACUCAAAACAUCGACUUAUCGUUGAUUCUCACUCCAGCACACAAGCUGAGACCCGGAGUAGCUACAUUUAACGUCCGCAAGCAAGACCACCGCCUCUACGUCCGAUUGGAUAACAAGCUCAUCUCAGAAGCCGAGUUGACUCUUGACAAGGGCUUGCCCUCCAGGAUUGAGUGCGACAUCGUCAAUACUGAUCGUGCUAUGGGCACUUCACUCUCUUACCAAAUUUCCAAGCGAUAUGGUGAAAAGGGUCUCCCAAUGGACACUGUUCAUGUCAAUAUCAAGGGUUCAGCCGGUCAAUCUUUCGGUGCAUUCUGUGCUCCUGGUGUCACGUUGGAGCUAGAAGGUGAUGCCAAUGAUUAUGUCGGGAAGGGUCUGUCUGGUGGGCGCCUAAUUGUGUACCCUCCUCGGGCUGCUGUAUUCAAGGCCGAAGAGAAUGUGAUAGUUGGAAACGUCUGUCUAUACGGUGCUACCAGUGGUACCUGUUUCUUCCGCGGUAUUGCUGCUGAGCGAUUUGCUGUCAGAAACUCCGGUGCAACUGCUGUCGUCGAGGGUGUUGGAGACCAUGGGUGCGAGUACAUGACAGGAGGUCGUGUGCUUGUUCUUGGAAGCACGGGUCGCAAUUUUGCUGCCGGUAUGUCCGGUGGUAUUGCCUACAUCCUCGACAUCCAACAGGAUUUCAUGUCAAAGCUGAAUCCUGAAAUGGUUGAAGCAUCUGGCCUGGAUGACCCAGAGGAAAUCGCCUAUGUUCGCAGCUUGAUCGAAGACCACCACCAUUACACUGGCUCAGAGCUCGCCGCUCGUAUUUUGCUGGACUUCAACCGAGCUUUGCCUCGAUUUGUCAAGGUCUUGCCUGUUGAUUACAAGCGCAUUUUGGAGGAAGAAAAGAUAAAGGCAGCUGAAGCAAGGCGUGCCAAGUACGCACUUCCAAUACUCCCAGGACACCAAGCCCGCGACGCACAUGUUCACAAAGCGAAGAAGAAGUCUGAUCUUGUAGACAUCGAGGAGUCUAUUGGGGAUGCAGCAGUCGAAAAGAAACGAUCCCUCGUCUUGGACAAGACCAAGGGAUUCAUGAAAUAUCAACGACGAUCCGAGAAAUACCGCUCUGCAAAGACUCGAACAAAGGAUUGGGCUGAGCUUUCCAAGCGACUUGAUGAAGACGAACUCAAAUACCAGGCCGCUCGUUGUAUGGAUUGUGGUGUUCCCUUCUGUCAAUCUGACUCCGGAUGUCCAAUUUCCAAUAUCAUUCCCAAAUGGAACGAAUUAAUUUUCCAAGGUCAAUGGAGAGAUGCUUUGAACCGUUUGCUAAUGACCAACAACUUCCCCGAGUUCACUGGUCGUGUUUGCCCGGCACCAUGCGAAGGAGCUUGUGUUCUUGGUAUCAACGAGGAUCCCGUGGGAAUCAAGUCCAUUGAAUGUGCUAUAAUCGAUCGCGGAUUUGACAUGGGAUGGAUGAUUCCACAACCUCCAAAGGUUCGAACGGGCAAGACUGUCGCCAUCAUUGGUUCUGGCCCUGCUGGCCUAGCAUGUGCCGAUCAACUGAACAAAGCUGGACACCAAGUCACAGUGUACGAGCGAGCUGACCGUGCCGGUGGUUUACUCAUGUAUGGUAUCCCUAAUAUGAAACUUGACAAGAAGAUUGUCAAGCGUCGUACCGACUUCAUGGAAGCUGAGGGAAUCAUCUUCAAGACCGGAGUUGCAAUUGGAGAAGACAUUACUCUCACUGAUCUUAAGGCGGAGAAUGACGCCGUGGUCAUUGCUACUGGUGCCACUGUUGCUCGAGACCUACCCAUCAAGAACCGUAACCUCGAGGGCAUUCACUUCGCUAUGCAAUUCUUGCACAAGAACACAAAAUCUCUUCUUGACUCCGAGCUUCAGGACGGUGAGUACAUCUCAGCCAAGGGCAAGAACGUUGUCGUCAUUGGAGGUGGAGAUACUGGAAAUGAUUGUAUUGGCACAUCUGUUCGUCAUGGCGCCAAGUCUGUCACCAACUUUGAGUUGCUUCCUCAGCCACCGAAUGAGCGUGCUCGCGACAAUCCAUGGCCACAAUGGCCACGUAUCUAUCGCAUUGAUUACGGACACACUGAAGUCAAGCAACACAUGGGUCAAGACCCUCGUGAAUUCUGUGUCAUGUCUGAGGAGUUUGUCGAUGAUGGUAGCGGAAAAGUGAAGGGCAUCAACACCAUUCGCGUUGAGUGGACCAAGUCUUCAUCUGGUGGUUGGGACAUGAAGAAAAUUGAAGGGUCGCAGCAAUUCUUCCCAGCUGAGCUCGUACUGCUGUCGAUGGGUUUCUUGGGUCCAGAGGAUCGUGUUCUAGGUGAUGAGGUGGAGAAGGAUGGUCGCAAGAACGUCAAGACUCCGCCUGGAAAAUACCACACCAAUCUCGAGGGCGUUUUCGCUGCUGGUGAUUGUCGCCGUGGUCAAUCUCUGAUCGUCUGGGGUAUCAACGAAGGACGACAGUCUGCCCGCGAGGUCGACAUGUACCUCGAGGGAUCUACUAGUCUCCCCGUCACUGGUGGAAUUGUCAAGCGCACUGCGGAGCAGAUUCUUGGGCCUAAGAAGCAUGCUACACGAACCCCCGCCCAAGUUGAACUAGCAGUGGCUUGA